AUGCAUAUAUUUGGAUCAAAUCACACGACGGACGACAGAUCAGAUUUCAUUGACACGGACCAGUCGUCCGGAUAUUCUUCUAGUUCAAUCUCAGACUUUGCUGUGCUACCAGAUAGCGAAGGACCCUCAUCUUACUGGCUUCCAGAUUCAUCUCUGAGUCGUUCUGCCUCACCGGAGAUAUGGAGAGAUCCCCCAAUCUUGGAAAUCAACGUUGCUGAACAACUGGCAUUAAAUAUGACCGAGGGACUUUACCAGGUGUUCCAUGCUGGUGGAUUGCUCACACGUGUUGGUGCUCAGCAACAAUGGAGUAUCUGCUGCCCUGACUGCGAGGAGUGGUGUCAAACAAGUCUCCCAUCUGGAAUUCCUCUGUGGGACACUGGACAUUUCAAUGCUCUGAGUGCCCAUCGAGGCAGUAAGAAAUGCCUUCAGACAAUUGCUCGAAGGCACAAAGAAGCCAGGAACGUGUCUGCCAGUGAUGAACCGAUCACACGUUCCCCAUCAUUUACCUCAGAUCAAAGCACGUACAAUUUUUCUGCUGCUCAUCCUGACAAUUGUCCUGGACUCCUGGUUGUCUGGCUGCAAGAUCUUCCUCCCUUCAUCAUGUUUCUCCCUUGGGAACGCUAUCAUGAUGGCUUGGAUGGGCUCCCCUUCAUCAUCAAUCUCACCCAGCCUAGCACACCUUAUAUUCGAUCAAAGUGUUGCUUCAUGUCUACUUUGAUCAAGGGUUCACCCUGCGGCGAAUGCACUGAACUCUCUGCACAUGUCAACCACCUCUCCCAAACUGCAUGGGAUCCGAAGCCUCAUACUAACUACAAGUAUCUAGGCCUCACGAAUAUGCGAGACAUUGCGCAAAGCUAUGCUGAUCAAGCUCGGCAAUUGAGACUGCAGGGCCUUAAUGCUUCUCACGAGUAUAUCAGUGCUCUCAGUAGGCUCGACGAUUACCACCGCCUUCUCAUGGCAAUUUCUGAACACGACAUCCCCCACCUCCAACAAAUAAUCAAUGUUGCCUUGGGCAAUGGCACCAGUGUCCGGGAAAUCAUCAACAAAUUGGAGGACGCUCUGGAAGGUGCCUACCGUCCAUGGGGCUAUGGUGCUGAUGAUCUGGACAUUGCUACACUACUUAGUAUUCCAUCUCUGCGCACUCUUCGCACUCGAGCAGCCUUUACUACCAUCUCCCCCACCAUCGGCACUAUUCGUGAUGAACACUUCGAUACAAACAUCCAGUCUGGUAUUCUUAGUACCCGCGCUGAUAUCACAUCACUUCACGGAGUUAGUAUCAUGAUCGACGAGAUGGCUAUUGAAGAAAUGGCAGUACAUUAUAGCAGAUACAACAAGAUAGGUGGACUCUGUUGGAAGCACUCUAAUCUCAUAGAUCCAGUUCUUCGGACCUACGACUCUGCUGUCGCCAUAGCACAAAAAAUCCACGAUGAAGAAGUGCACCUCGGGAAGGAAGUCACCAUGAUUGGUGCUGCUUGUUUCAGCGAGGACGAGCUCUACCCCAUCCUAGUUGCACCCACAUGCAAGACGGAAGAUGCAACGGACAUGGAGGGUGUCCUCAAGCGUGCCUUACAGUGCUGGAAGGCAACUGGUGCAGAUCAAACUGUCGGGCCGAUUUGGUCCCUUGCAACUGAUGGUGAUGCUACUCGUCGUGCAGCAGGACAUAGACUUUUUGUGAAGAAGCCCUUAUCCUCGGAGUCGCUGUUAUAUGGUAUACUCAUCAAUAUGCCUGGCUUGAAUAUGUGGACAGGCGAUGACGACGUAACACUAGACUUUGAUCCAAAGCAUAUUUUCAAACGUAUAUGCACGCUAAUAUGCUCUCCCUUGGGCAUCACACUCAACAAUGGACAGGUCAUCAAUGCUAUGAUGCUCUCUCGCUAUCUGGUAUGGCUGCCUGCUUAUGAUGAAGUCAGUGUCAUGAAACUCUUGCAUCCCAAUGAUCCACAAGACGUCCCCCGAGCAGUAGAACUUAUUAAAGCUAUCAUCGGGCUCACUGAGUCACAGCGCGACUUCCUGAAUGACUCAUUUUCUCCCAACAUCGACAGACGUGCUGACUUGAUGUCAAUCGUGCUCCUUAGUGAUGUGAUCAAGUCUUUCCUCAUUCCCUUCAUCAAUGUCAAUCUUUCGCUCACAGAACAGGUCCAGUAUCUCAGCCGAUUCACUCAUCUUUCAUUCACCCUCUUCCGCUCUCACCAACGCUCCUUCAUGUCUCAUCAACUCUACUACGACAUGCACACCAUGGUCAAGAGUAUUAUGUUUUCCAUAGUGAAGCAACAGGUUCUUGAUCCGCAUGCUUCCUUUUUUCUUGGUGACUCCGGAGAUGACCGUCUAGAACUUCAUUUCGGUCGCACUCAGAUGAUAGGUGGCCAUAACUCUGGAUGCUCUUUUUCACAGGUGAUCAAUCGUUUGGGUGCCGCCAAAGAUAUUGAUGGCGUGUUGAAGCACCAUCCCGAGCUGGAUCCAGGCCAUCGUCAUCUGAGCCUGGGCACCCGAGUCGAGGACAUAGACCACAUCAACCGUGACAUGUGGAAAGAUGACAUCGUCUCUGGGUGCUGUGAUCUCCCAACUGCCUGGCGCAAUGGCCGGGAAAUGGCUAUUUCUAUUCUCAGUACUUCACAAGUUGAUCCUAUCAAUUUCUCCUUCAUCGAGCUCUUCCAUGAUCUGGCUAUCGACAUGCUGCGUCCCUUCGGAGAAAACAAAUAUUUUGGGAUUUCAGAGGCAGACAAGGAACUCCUCCCUCAGAGCCCACUUGUGCCCGUUGUCACUUCUCAUGAUAAUGUAGUACCAAAUUCUCACCCAAUCCCACCUGCUGAGGCUGACUCCAAAGAAGUCAUGCUGACCUUCGAGAAGGCAUUGACUGCGGAGUCCAUUUCCGAUGCUCCACCUACUGGACAUCAUCUUCCGCUUCUCGUUGACCCAUCUGCUCCCCCAUUGCCUGAAGGUCCAGGAAUACAUCCUGAUGACUACCUAUUGUUCAAAGGCCAGUGGAUUCACAAACAGAUGGUGUGCCAUCUGGUCAUCAAUAAGGAUUUCAUUUCCAAGUCUCACAAUCGACUGGAGCGGAUUCGUGCGGGUUACACCAAGGUCAACAAGCGAAUUGACAUGUCUGCUGGCCGCAUAACGGAUCAACACUCAUUCCUCAUUGGCGACAUCUUCCUUACAAUUUUUUGUUCAGGUCUUACACUCUCCAUCGGAAUCUUGCGGUCAACACUCAUUACGUUGCUCAAUAUUUCUUGUGCAUCAAUGAACAUUGCUGUCAUGAAGGCCUCACAGUCAACAAUUAAAGUCACAGGACAACUCUUAACUAUCAUCCCAACAUGUCCCUCACCUGAGUCCCCAACAUCUUUCCUAUGGAAUGGAGGCUACAUGAAGGCUCACUCUAUUAUCCCUGGAACUGAGGAGUCAACAGAACAUGUUGUGGUCGUCAGCGUGCCUGGUUCACUCGUCGAACCUGUUAAUCCCAAGCCAAUGUUCAUCCAGUUUCGGGAUGACAUCAAUCCUGACCAGUUCCAGGAGAUCAAAGGUGGGCAAAGCACUUGGCAAGUACAUCAAGAUGCACUUCAAGCUGCUUGCGACAUUUUAUGGGCGAAGGCUGUCGAAACCAAAGUCCCUCUCAAAUCCAUUGUGCAAGUUUCCCCUUCAGACACUGAUAUGUUUCCUUAUCGAUCAAAUGAUGGUACACUAGCUAUCAUCUCGAUCGAAGCAGGUCAUCUUCUAUCUGCAUCCAAAGGCAAAUGUGUCACUACUUGCCCCCUCUGCCACAUGAAAGUCACCAAUAUCUGUGCCCAUAUUGGCCAGCAUAUCUUGCGUGUGUCCACAAACACACCCGAGAAGACCAGUCUGAAAGAACCGGUCGGCGAUGCUCUUCCAUGGGGAUUCUGCGGCCGUUCUGGACUUCCCGAAUGCGCCAUUACCAUCAAGGUUCCUGCGAGCGGCACCCCAGACUGGGAAAUGAAGUGCGCCUACCGACACAUGUUCAAAUAUGGAUUUGCGGAUCAUGGAUCAAAGAACAAUCCCUGCCGCAACGUACCCUUGAAGUGCGGUCUAUGCCAUCCAACCCUCCCUCCUAAACCUGGGAAAACUUCGCGCAAGGUGCCAGUUGCUUUUGUCCAAAGUGUCUGGCGCUACAAUAUGACCGCUCAUAUUUUCAGCGAGCACGAAGAGUACGCCAUUCCUGGAUGCAGAGAGGCCGGUGUUCCUUUGCCUGAGAGUGUCUGGGAGUCUAUGGAGUUGAGUGAGCUCAAACAGGCCUCCGCUGGCAUCCCGACAGAGUGUAGGCAACCUUCGCAUAAGGGGAAGGAGAAUGUGCCAGCUUCAGGUUCUCGCUCCCUCAAACACUCAGCAACAGCAUCUGUGGGACCCAUGACAUCCAAGCACGUUCGCACCACUAUCAAACCUCUUCAGACUGCGUGUACUUUACUUGUGUAA